AUGUCUUCUGAAAUUCACGCACCUGGAAGUAACAUUCUUUUAAUCAGUUCCUCAAAUUCCGAUUCUGUACUGCUCGAUCAAUUUCGAGACCUGAUUUCUCGACAAAUCUCCAAUGAAGGCCAUGUAAACGUUGAAAAUUUAGAUCAAAUAGUUACAAGUUCACCUCCGGUCUCCGCUUACAAUGCUGUUUACACAAAUUACUUUGGCCCUUUGACUUCCGUUCAUUCCAGCAGUGUAUUUACAAAAAUAGUUACAACAUUGACACCAGGUGGAGUACUUUAUCUUAAAGAGCCUGUACUUGUUGGUUCACGAUCUUCCAACCUACCGGCUAUUCGUACAAGUGAAGAAUUAAUCAGUGAACUCAAAAUGGCGGGAUUUGUUGACGUGGCGAUUCGUAGUUCUAAUAAAGUUGAGACACAAGUGUUGACAAAAAUUAUAGAACAAGUGUGGGGUGUCAAAGAUGAAGUCAAGCAACAAGAGCUAUUACAGUGUUUUAUUGAACAGUUAAAUGUGAUUGAAAUUGUAGCAAAAAAACCUGACUAUGAGGUAGGAACAUCAUUCGCUUUGCCUUUUGCAAAGAAGGCUACUGAAGGUAAUAACGGUGUAGCGAAAAAAACUUCAAUUUGGACGUUAUCUGCUGAUGAUGACGAAUAUGGGGAAUUAGAAAAUGAGGACGAAUUACUUGAAGAUGAUGAUUUGGUUAAACCCGACAAAAGCACUUUAGCUCGCCCUGAUUGCGAAACUGAUGGAAAGAAAAAAGCAUGUAAAAAUUGUUCCUGCGGGCUCGCCGAAGAAUUGGAAAAAGAGAAGCAGGUUUCUGCAGCCAAAUCACAACCCACCUCUUCGUGCGGAAAUUGUUACCUUGGUGAUGCUUUCCGUUGUUCAACAUGUCCAUAUCUUGGUAUGCCGGCAUUUGCCCCUGGAGAAAAAGUUGUUUUGGCGGGGAAUCUAAUGCAGGAUGAUAUUGAAGUUUAA